UCAUAAUAAAUUACCGUGAAUGUAGUAUAAAAAAUUAAAACUUUUGGUAUGUUUGGAUUGCUAACUAAAAUGUUCUCAAAAAUAAAAUAUUAGAAUGACUGAAAAGAUUAGAAUGAAUUUAAAUAAGUAAAAUUUAAGUAUAUGAUAGGAGAAGAUCAUGUAAUUAUCAAACACCAGGCACUGCUUAAAAAUAUGUAAUAUCGAUCAUAUCUAAAGAUACUUGACAAAAUUGAAUUCUGGGCGAAGUUUUAAGACCACAGUUCCUUCGCUCUUCCGUACGGAAAUAACCGAAGUGAUUGUAGAAGAUUCGGGUGAACCCAAUCAGUCUCCCUCGAGUAUAAGAAGCAGUUACGUGUUUCGCAAAACGCGUGUGUUUAAAAUGUCGAUCAAAAAGUCUGAUUUAUCUGUGGGAUUUACUGAAGAAAAUGUCGGACAAACUACAGGAGAAAGAAGAUUGUUUCAGAAGCAACAUAUACAAAAAAUCAAGUCGAUCGCUGGUCACGUUGGACUUUUGAUUGCAUUGAUGCUUUAUACAGCAAUUGGUGGUUUAGUUUUUCGGCAUAUCGAACUUCCGGCAGAAUUAGCACGUUUGGAAGUUUUGCGCGCCAAUUUACGUGCUGAAAGAUAUUCAUUCGUCAAUGCGGUUUCCAACAAUACCGAUGUGUCAAAUUUACGCACAUUGGUUAGCGUAAAAUUACGUGCUUACGAAGAGGCAGUCCAGAAAGCAGCACAAGGUGGUUUGUUGGUCUCUUUCGUGACAGACACAAUAGACCAAGAAAAUCGAGAUACGACAGAUUUACAGCCGAUCGUAACUGAAAGAUGGAGUGUUUUUCAAGCCGUAUUUUUCGCAAGCACUGUUCUUACAACGAUUGGAUAUGGGAACGUUGUACCAUCUACUAAUCUGGGAAGGAUGUUCUGCAUCUUAUUCGCAUUCGUUGGCAUACCUUUGACAUUGAUAGUAAUAGCUGAUUGGGGGAAACUAUUCGCUGGAGGUGUAGUUAAAAUCGCAUUAACCCUAAAAUCGAAACUCCCGCUUCACUUUUCUUUUCCCUGCGUUCCGACAAAUUUAGCAGGAAGGCGAUCGCUUGGAGCAUUUACAGCGAUUGUUUUACUUUUUUUAUACCUCGCUUGCGGUGCAGGUAUGUUCAUGUUAUGGGAAGAUGACUGGAAUUUUUUUGAUGGAUUUUAUUUUUGUUUUGUCACUAUGACCACGAUAGGAUUCGGUGACUUAGUACCGAGUAAGUAUUAAAAUACAUGUUACACUUAAAAGAGUUUUUGAAAUAUCACGCGGACCCACGACGUAAUAAGUAGUUUUUACUUUACGUUCGAAAGGAUACUGUUAUUCGU